GGUGCCAGGCGAAAUGUGCGCCUUAGAUUUUGGUGUGAGCGAUUUUGAAUGAGGAUUCAGCAUAUUUCGCAGUUCCACGAGGACUAAUAGUCAAUUCCUGAAUGCCAAUAGUGAUUUUUACAACGAAAUCAAAAUGUUUCCACGUAACUUGAUCAGGAUAUGCAAUCGCCUGGCAGUCAUUGCCUCUAGUCAUAUAACACCCAGUGCUUGUUGUGAAAGUUUGGGAUCAGUAUCCGCAAGGAAUGUUAGUUUGAUGACUAGAAUUCGUCCACCAAUGGUGACAACAGGAUCUUCAAGGUCCUUACAGUUUCCUAAGCAGUUGUCUAGUACAGUAAAUAACGAUGAACAGGAAAGUACUGCGGAUUGUGAGGAUGAACUGAUGGAGGACUUGGAACAGGAUGUUGUGGAGAGCGGAAGCAGACAGUUCAAUUUGAAGGAUCUACUGUACUCAGGGACGGAGGAUGAAAUAAUUUUGCGGUUGAAUGAAUGUGCAGGUCCAGAUGAGUUAUUCCAACUAUAUAAAGAGUGCGGCGAUCGCUUCAACGAGCAACAUGCGACUCAGUUCAUAAUCCUCUUAUGGUCAUUCAUGCGAUCCAACGAAAAAGGCUCUACUAUGAGAGUCACAAUUCGUGCACUGGAGUUUGACUCGUUCCUUAAUCAACUACAGCCCCUUAUUCAUAAGAUGAAUUUUGAUGAACUGACCUGCAGUCUACUAUAUCUUCAGAAGAUCGGUGUCGAUUCUAGUCACAAAACAAUGCAAGAGCUCCUAUGUCACACAGCAAAUUCAAUAAAAGAAGGUACCUCCAAUAUUCCCCUAUCCGCCCUGUCACGAUUCGCCGUGGCCGUCAAUACGAAUGGUGACAUCUUCACUCCGCUUGUAAGCAAAGAAAUAGUGCCUCACAUAAUAGAGCAUUUGAAUGCUUGCUCUGAAGUGGACGAGAUGCGGCUGCUAACGAUUUGCCUGCAGCACUUGAACCAACUAGUCACGAAGGAUAUGUUUACUUUGUACAAGCAAAAGCUGGAGGAGCUAUUGAAAAAUGGCAAAAUUACCAAAGACGAUGUGAGAUGCAUAUUGAAAUUUAUUAAUUUCCUGAAUAUUCCGUGCUGGUCCCAAGAGAACACGGCGUUAGUUAGUUCCUUACUUCUGUUGUUGAAGGACACAUUUUCAGAUAUGUCAGCGAAGGAAUUAGAGAUAGUUUUUCGGGUCCUACAAAGCCAACUAGAACCAGCCUCUCUGAUACCCGACCUCAAAGAGGCAUCUGGAAGGCUUUUCGAGCGAUGCCCAACCAUUGAAACCCUUGAUUUUGUGAUACGUUUCCUACAACCCAAGAAGCGACAUAAAAUGAUCGCCACUGUAGAACAAAUUAUAUCAAAUGAAAGCCUUACUUCCGCUCAGCUUCCUCGAGCCUUCCGAAUCCUGCGCUCUCUGAAGAUAUCCAACAUCAAACUCUGUAAUAAAUAUUGGCGCCUAGUUUUGGAUGAAAUUCGGAAAAGCCCCCACGAAAGAGAGUUCCAUCGAUUGUCGCGACAUUCCCAUCGCUACAUGUAUUUCAACAAUAAUUUAGGUGGGACGUAUCACAAUAGAGAAUUUGAACAUGCCGUGUGCGAGUUAAUGCUGGAGGAUAUUGAGCAAGGUCUGAGCGGACUUGUACCAAGCCGGUUUGCGAAAGCAGCUUCGUUUAUUAUUGCUUAUGGUGGUAACAUCAGGUCGAGUGAGGAAAUCCCUGCGGUAAUAAUGGACAAGAUGGAAGCAAUGUCGAAGCAGUUUUCCAUCCUUGAUUGUUUGCAAUUGUCCCGAGGUUUGCAGAUUGCUUUUGAGAUGAGAUUUCGGCACAGUAUAUCGACAGAAGUUGCUCCCAAAUUGAAUCAAAUCAGCAAUAUUUUGAUCGAAUGUGCUGAGAGACAUUUGCAGGAGGAUCUGAACCUGCAGGAUUUGAAUCAUGUAGUCCGUUCGUUUAUCAAUUCUAGAGUCCCUCGCAAGACAUAUUUAUUCCAAAACCUUAUGGAUCGAUAUAGAGGCUCAAUCAAAUUUCUAAAUUCACGAAUUAUUCGGGAUUUAACUUUCAAUUUGAAUGCAACGAACUAUGUGAUACCAGAAAUUUGCGAGAGUAUCCUUCAGUACGUUUAUGACAAUCGAAAUUAUGUCACUGGGGACACUGUGGAGAAAGUGUUAACUUGCUGUUAUUCGAUAGGAUAUAUGCCACAAAAUUUGGAAGUACUGCAUUGGUGUGAUGAAAUUAUUAAAAGGGAUUUCAAAUUUAUGAAUAGUUUGUCAAUAGUCCAAUCAUGCCUGGCGCUUUGUUACUUCAAGUCUCUGUCAGAACAGUUGAUUCAUCAAGUUUUCACCAUAGAUUUCAUCCAGCAAGUUGAAGACGAAAUCAAGAUGUGUUAUUCGAAGGAAACAUAUCCAGAACGUAUCCUCAACCAAGUGAUGCAACUGAAUCGGGCUGUCUGCUUAGAUUACCCGGAGGCUCGGGUUCCAUGGUUCCAGCAGAAUUACAUCGAGGCCCAACUGUCUAAGAAGGCCAACAUCCAAUCGAAAUUUUAUACAGAUAUUAGGAGGCUUCUGACGUUUGUUGUGGAUGAUGAAAGGCUCUUGAAGUGUAAUCAUAUUACACCUUACGGUUAUCGGAUUGACUUCGUAGUUCAUCUCAAUCGGAGCAACAAAUUCAUACCUCCUCCGAAGGAUAGUAAAGUGAUUGAUAAAAUUUCGAAAGUUGCAAUCCUACUUCAGAAGCUGGACUCGUUUUGCGAGAACAAGUUGACUGCAAUGAAAGGAAGUGAACUAUUAAAGUUACGUCAUUUAGAAAUUUUAGGAUAUAAAGUAGUGCACAUAAACUUUAACGACUGGAAUUCAAUGUACAUGAACAUGCCUGGGGCUAAAGUAGAGUACUUAAAGAAUCUGUUACAAAUUCAGUAGAAAACUUGUAUUUAUUUAGUUGUUUUAAAAGCAAUACAAAAAAAAUAGAAUGUUUAGAAUUGUCUUUUGUUUUAGCUUCGAUAAGAGAACAUAGAAAUCUAACAAGUGUGGAAAGGACAAAGAAAAGGCGCGUACGGAUAGGG